AUGUCGACUGCUGUCGCCGCCCCCGCGACCACCCUUCCCCCCUCCGUCGAACGCCAGAUCUCGCCGCGACACUUUACCUCCAUUGCGCCCUCUUCCACGCCAACCGCCGCCUCGGCACCGACCUCGUCCGCACCAGAACCCGCCCAAAAACGAGCUCGAAGUAAUGGCUCUCCCGACGCUCGCCCUCCACUAGAGAGAAGCAACUCCAACGGCAACAGCAGCCCCAGCUCACAACGCGCGCCCAUGAUCAAAGUCAAGAAGGAGCCCGGUUCGCCUGCUCUGACGUCGUCGCGGCCACGACCCAAGGCUCUCGACCUCUCCUCGAGCAUGUCCAAGGGCCACGGCCCGCAUACUGGUCGUCCUUCAGCUCCACUUACCUCGAGAGAGUCGGCUGGCUUGGUCAUUCAAGACGUGGGUUUGGCUUGUCUGUCGCCGGGCUUUCAGACGAACGAUCCGGCCAUGCGGGAACAACUCCAGCGCAGUCUCGACGUGCGAGACCAGCAGCGCCAGAUUAUUGAAGCUAGGAAUAAGGGGAAGCCGGGCAGCUCACACGACAUGGGCGAUGGGCCGCGAACACAGGAUACUACACUUUUUGGCGUUCAGACCGGUGCGAGAACACCCAGCACGUCGAGGAGAAAGGGACCCCCUCCAGGAUUGUCAAUCGCUGCGCCCUCGGCGGCACAGUUUGCGAAUGACAGAGUUAUACAAUCUGCGCCUAUAAACCAGACGUUCACAGGACUUCGGCCAGGAGAAUACCCACACUCGAGACACGCACAGCAUGGUCCAAGCACACUCAGCCAGACAAGCCACAUCCACGCCAUGCCGGCGACGCAGACGAAUAACCGCCUGCCCCCUAUUGCGGACGUCUUUGCGAAUGAUAGACUGGACGCUCCACGAUACCCCGCCAACAACUCCCCUGGUCACAACGCACAUCCGCCAGCGCCAUCACCGGGAUACCCGCCACAAUCAGGUCAUAUCAUGCCCAUGAGUGGACGUGCGAGAGAGUUCCGAUCAGUGGAAGAGGCGGUUCAAGGCUUGUCUGGCGGGCGAGACGAUCUCAUGCCUAAAGUCGUUCACUACGGGGGUGUGCAGCCACCAACACCACCGUCUCCCAUGCCAGGCCAGCAAACAAACGCGGGUGCUCAGGACCACCGACCACAGUACGCUACCGACACGAGACCUGAUAUCCUCGCACGAACGUCUUCGAUGAACGGACGGAGACGCGGCCGAGAUGAGUAUGAACGAGAUAAUGGCAGCCCACCUUCCAGCUUCAACCGACCCGAACCGAAACGAGCGACGUUCGCCGUGCGUGGCGACGACCGUGAUCGCGAAGAAGAUUGGAGAGCAGGAAUGAGCAGCGCCGAGAAGCGGGAAGAAUUCCUACGACUAUGCGAGCGUGCGUGGGAUCUGUUUCAUUCAUAA